AUGUUCGGGUUUCUGAAAAACUGGCGCAAGCCAGCGGAGACCCCGCCGCCGCGGGGCCUUAGGCGGACGGCCUCCCUCAGGAAAAUCAACCAAUCCUUUCUCAAAAUAAGGGAAAUCGACGCAGACGACGAAGGCGAUGUGAGGAAACUGCUGUUCGACCACUUCAGGUCGCUCACCAUACCGGCUAUGGUCUACUGGGUAGUGCAACACGUCCAUGACCUUGUGGCCAUCAUCGUCAUCAUGUCCUUCCUCCUGCCGCUCAAGAGCCUGCUAUAUUUCUGCGUAUCCUUUCUCAUAUAUCUCUAUAUCCGCGCCAGGGUCGAGAUUGAAAGGCAUAUAAGGUGGUGCUGCCCGGACCUCGAGUCGGUUUUCGACACCUAUCGCACAACUGAGGGAUCGAACUUUUGGGUGGGCUACUUCUCCAAACACGAGGAGCUAGGCACCCCUACGGAAUCAAAUACGGAAGCUGCACCAACGCCAGUCUACACCAGAUCCGAGGAGACGGGUGACGACAACGGCGAGGAGAGGGAGUCCGCUCUCAGUGGCAGAACGGAGCCGGACACCGAUGCGAGCAGCUCCCAGCCAGCUGGCGAGGGCGGGUCUGCCCGUGACGAGUCAGUAUCGUCGAAAGGGCCGGACUCUGACCGCCAGCCACACCUCAGGGUUAAGAGGUACACGACAAUGUCGGAGGCGUCCGUGGUUUUGAAGGACGUGCUGACGCCCACCAACUGCAAGGAAAAUGAAAUCCUGGGUUGCGUGGGCAUAACGCCGUACAGGAACAAGUCCACCGUGGCACAAAUGGUCAGGCUAGUCGUGAGCAAGAAGUGCAGGAACAUGAAGGUUGGCAGCAAGCUGCUCAACCACCUGGAAAACUUCGCUGUGGGAUUCGGGUACACCGAAAUCCGGGUCUACACGAACAACCUCAACACUGCGUACCUGCAGUUCCUCAAGCAGAACGGGUUCGUCAUUCAACAGAUUGUGCGGCGUGGAUUCAUGCGCGGCGACCUCAUCAUAUGGAACAAGACGCUGUCUCAGCCGAACGACCUCCUCGUCACGGAAAUGCCAUUACUCAGGAAAGUGGAUGCGAGCUUCAUCCCGGAGUGA